AUGCCCCCUAAAACAUCUACAGCGGCUGGAGGUGGUGAUGCAACGGACGCGAGUUUCAAGUUCGUUUUCAGCGUCUUGAAGCAUUGCGAAACCAUCAAGCCCAACUGGGAUGAGGUCGCGAAGGAGAAUGGCAUCGGAUACGCAAGGAACGCUAGUUCAAAGUUCAAAGACAUCGUCAAGAAACACGGGUUGGAGUUCAAGAAUGGAGUGAUUCUGGACCCCGCAGAUCCGACCUUGGGCGGGCCUGCAAGCGACACCACACCUACAAAGAGAGCAAAGGCGACGACUCCACGCAAGCGGAAAUCCGAGGACAGCGGAAGCAAUACCCCCAAAAGCUCCGGAAAAAAGAAGAAAUCGGCACCUAUCUUCGUCAAAGAAGAGGAAGAAGAAGAUGAUGAUGAUGAUCAGGAAAAGGUUGAGGAAACUGUCAAACCUGAGCCAGAGGAUACUACAGAGGACGUCAAGACCAUGGUCAAAGCUGAAGACUAG